AUGGCCAUCGAACCAAAACUUACGGAAGAACACAAAACCAAACGAGAAAACUUCCUUAAUAGGAUCGGUAAUAACUUUGGUAAAGAGGACACGAUGCGUAUCUUGCUUUUGGAUGAAAAAAUGCUUGAUCUCGACGAAAUAUAUAAUUCCCAAAAUCAGCGUAUUCGGGUUGCUAGUCGAGAUGAAACAGAAAUUUUGGCAAAAGAUUACGGGACAAUGAAUCAUGCUAGAUAUAUGCAAAAUGUUCUUCCUAUCGCACUUGAAUAUGGAAAUAAAGCCUUUGAAGAGCAUUGGCCACCGAUUAGUACAGGCUUAAAUCCAGUGGACUAUUGCAUUUGGGAUGAAUUUGCGCAAUGCGUGAACUUGGAGAAAGCGACAUCAAAUUCCACAUUAAUUGAUGAAUUAAAACGUGCUGUUAAUAAAAUUCGACAUGAUGCUGUCUUACAAAGUUGCCCACCUUGGACUAUUCGUUUACAGCGUGUUUUAAAAAAUGGUGAACGUUAUUUUUUUUUAAAUGUCGUUUUGUAG